UUGGGAUAUGGUUACGAGCCCAGUGAUACUGGAGAAGAAGACGCCUAGUGUCACCGGAGAAUCCGCGACUUCGGAAUCCUCCUCGCCGGCGUAAAAAGAAGUUGAAGAAAGCUUCUACUUGAUCAAAUCAAAAAACUAAGAACGGCGUACACUCCUACAACUGUAAACAUAAAAAACGGCACUACAUUCUACAUACCAAUGGAAGCUGAAGAUGACUCCGGCAACAAGGACCUCUUCGAUGGUUAUCAUCCUCUUUCAUCCACUGAAGCUGCUUCUGGUAGUCAUAGUCCCAAUACCAAGAGGAAAGUCGAAAACUCUUUUGGUCUCUUCUGCGUUAUGAGAAAGAGAGCUCGUGGGUACAUCUCUGUUGAUGAUGAUGAUGAUGACGACGACAUGUCUUCUUCGGAGAAAGGUGAUGACUUUUUCUGCAGCGACAGUGACACAGACAUGUCUGAUUGUUCUGAGUUCGAUGUUAUAUCACAACAUGUUGUACAAGACACGGGUUUGAUUGAUGGCGAAAAUGGAGUUAGCAGCAAUGAUGAACCAAUACCGAUCAGCAGUGUUCCUCCUGAUGGUGGUUCAAGCGGCGUAUUGCUGCUAGACACUUGUUCGUUUCAACAGAGGGUCGGAUGUUUAAGCGAGUACAACAACGUUCGUGAUGACGAGUUUGGUCUUGGUAUCUCUCCAGUGCCUUUAACGAAAACCCUCCAAGGAUCUGGUAGGCAGUGGUCAGUGUGUGGCUCUGUAGCUGGAGUCAGAAACAUAACUCUAUUGGGAGAUAGUUCAGGAGGUGCGUGUAGUGCCUUGGGUGGUGAACAGUUAGAUGUGAAUGUAAGUAGCUUUCAAGGCAUGGAUGCAGGACUUUCUCAAACUCUAUACCAGGAAGAAGAAGAUGAGAUGUCCUUUUCUGACGUUGAUGCAAUGAUACGCAGAUUGAAUCUGAUCCCUGAUGAUUCAGAUUCAUGCUUAGGUAUGGAAGAACGGAACAUGUCUAAGCAUCCAAGACAUACAUUACUUGGACUGGAACACUGCUCGAUUCCGAGAGGAAUUAUAUCUCAAGGGGCAAUAGCAGUCCUGCAUUGUCGUGGCUUAAAGCAUUUUAUCAGGAAACAAGAGGUAAUUAUUGGAAGGUCAUGUGAUGGCAUGAAUGUUGAUAUUGACUUGAGUAAAUAUGGUUAUGGGAGCAAUAUAUCUCGGCGUCAGGCAUUGGUGAAGCUAGAGAAGAAGGGAUCAUUCUCUCUAAAGAACCUUGGAAAGCGACAUAUCCUUGUAGACGGGGAGAAGCUUAAUACAGGACAGAUUGCAUCCCUCACAUCAUGUAGCUCAGUGCAGAUUAGAGGAGAAGUCUUUGUGUUCAAGAUUAACAAAGAAGCAGUGAGACAGUUCUUGAAGAACAACAUAAAGAGAAACAGCAAGGACGACACCAAGUUCAGAUGGUGCGAAUAGAUUAUUGUUUAGUACCUUUUGCUCUGCAUAGUCUUUAGUUACCCCACCUCUCAGUAUGGGUUAAAAUUACGUUUAAGCACCUAACGCCAAUGAGUGGAUCCCUUUAAUCAUAUGUGGACAUUUUGGUCUUCUUUGGUAGAUUUAUAAGUUAAGUUUAGAGAAAAUGAUUUGGAGUCUUUUGCUUGCAACAGCUGCAAGUUACUUCUCUGAAGUGUUUUCUUCUGUCAACCACCAAUUAUUUAAUUUACAUA